AAUAUCGUAAUUACAGAAGAGAGUCUAAGCUUACUCCUACGAGGAAUGGCGCGCAGAGACUUUGAUGGUGAAGAUAGAUAAAGUGAGAUUCGGCAUUGGCGAUAUUAAUGGGCAGACUGAGAAACUUCGCCCCUUAGGAAUUGGAAUGUUGCGAUUCGCACCUUCGAGGAAGGCACGUUUCACGUUAUGCAGUUGUCGCACGUGCGGAUCCCACCACAAAACGACGUGUCUGCCUGACAAAUCCAGCAAAAAAUAUCUUCUUAUAACUCUCAGUCUCGUCCUCCCAUCAACCACGGCAAGCUCUACCGUAACUCUUGCAAAAUGGAAUCCUUCGUCGAUGCUCCGAAACUUCGAGCUGAAUUCAUGAAAAUCUUGCGUGGUAGACGAUCAAAUGAAGUUCCGCUUUCUGUGGAGCUUGCGAAGCCUGUUGUGGAUCCUAUGUAUCAAGGAACUUCCCGUCCUCUGCUCGAUGAGGCAAUGGAAUCUUGCCCAAAAGAGAACAUUGAGAAUUUCAAGGAUCUACUGAGAGAAGAAAACCUUUACUUGAUUACUGAGGCCAGUGAGCAAGGACGCUUACCCGUGCUAAUCUUAAGCAUGAAAGACAGCAAGGAUGAAAGAAAGCCGGCUAUUGUAUUUUUGCAUUGUACAAACAGCUGCAAGGAACAGAUACGGCCAUUGCUUGAGGCAUAUGCUUCACGGGGAUACAUAGCUGUUGCCAUUGAUUCUCGCUACCAUGGUGAACGUGCCAGCAAUACAAGUACAUAUCAAGAUGCUCUUGUAUUAUCAUGGAAAAAUGGUGAUACAAUGCCUUUCAUAUUUGAUACGGUGUGGGACUUGAUUAAACUGGCAGAUUAUCUUUCAGAGAGGGAGGAUAUUGACCCUUCUAGAAUAGGAAUUAUUGGUGUAUCACUUGGAGGAAUGCAUGCAUGGUUUGCCGCAGCUGUGGACACUCGUUAUGCUGUGGUUGUCCCAUUAAUAGGUGUUCAGGGUUUUCGAUGGGCCAUAGACAAUGAUAAAUGGCAGGCAAGAGUUGACAGUAUAAAGCCUGUCUUUGAAGAAGCACGGGUGGAUUUGUCCAAGGAGGAAAUUGAUAAAGAAGUGGUGGAAAAGGUUUGGGAUAGGAUUGCUCCUGGUCUAGCUUCCCAAUUUGAUGCACUUCACACAGUUCCAGCUAUUGCACCACGGCCUCUGCUGAUAAUAAAUGGUGCAGAAGAUCCUCGUUGCCCACUUGAAGGUUUGGAAAUUCCAAUAUCACAAACAAAUGAGGUUUAUAAAGAGGCGACCUGUUCUGAAAAUUUCAAGAUGAUAGCACAACCUGGGAUUGCCCAUCAAUUUACUCCUUUGAUGGUGAAAGAAUCUAGUGAUUGGUUUGACAAGUUCCUCAAGUAAGAUUGUUUUCAGCCUCAUCUCUGCGUUUCUACUGCCAUAUUCUCAAAGCCCGCCGUUCCCAGAUGCUUUACGUCAACUGAAGCAAAAGUGUGUCAUAUAUUCAUAUUUAUAUGGUGGUUUACUUGAUCUAAUACUGGUCAAAUUAAGUACAUGUAUAAGAUAAUAAAUCCCGCAGACCAAAUAUAGUAUGUAUAGAAAUAUGGGAUUUGUGUAA